AGAUGAUAAGCAAACUGAACUGAUGUUGUAAAAGUAUAUAUUUCUGCAAUUUAUGUUCGGUAUUGGUUCAUGAAACGUGUUGAAAGUUUUCGGAGUCGCGUAUUUGCAGUUUGUCAUCCUCCAAAAAUACAAUGGUCUUACACACAUAGAGAGGGAAUGUUAUUCACCUGGUUUUGAGGAUGAGGCAAGGCACUGUGAGACAAGCUGGAGAGCUGUUCUCCUGGUCAUGUUGGUGUUCUUGCUCACUUAAAGGAUGCCAUGUGUAUCUGGUUCUUCUAUUGUGCGUCUUGUUUUCUGUGGUUCUAUCUUUGCCUUGUGCAUCGAAUAACCAUUUAAUUUCUCAUGCAAAAGGUAUGAAGUCGGUCUUGGAUGAUAAUGCAUGUGUCUUUUGCAGCGGAAGUGAUGAAAGUCUUCUGGAUUUACUUGUGGGUGAUGUGAGAUCAACUUAUGCUCAAGAAAAUUUAAGGGUGACUCCCAUCCAUGGUAGUUCUUGUACCGAAUCUGACUUCAUGUGCUUUCCAUCAAUGCUGCAUGAUUUUGUGGCUGAGAAAAAACCCUGCAGAGCAGCUUCUCCAGAAGUGGUGUCCAAGGAAUUAGAUGGCACACUCUGUCAUCAUAUUGGGGACGUUAACUCUACUAGGUCUAUGGAGAAUAUGUUAUUUAAAUUAUUGAAUGGAAUGGUUGUUUCCUGUUUUUUAUACUCUGAUAGGGAUUUUGGUAGAAAUUCGCCCUUCCAGGUUGAUAAUGUCGAUCUUGCUGGGUUCCCACAUGGAUAUUCAGACCCUAAUGUUGCACUGAAAAAAUCAAGCACUCUUAAUCUAGAUUCAUAUGGAAUUAAGGGGGGUUCUUCAUCACCACAUGUGGUAAUUAGCCCACCUUCCUUAGACUGGGGGUGUAAAUAUUUAUUUUCCCCAUCUGUAGAAUUUCUAAAUGUCACAAACACAUGCAAUGAUAGUAUUUUGCAUAUUUAUAGACCAUUCAGCUCCGAUCUGCAGUUUUAUGCAUACAAUUUUGAUGAUACGUUGGUGGCACCUGGUGACACAGUUUCAAUUUCUGUUGUCUUCUUUCCAAAAUUUUUGGGCUCGUCAUCUGCUCACCUUGUAUUGGAAACUAGUUCUGGGGGAUUCAUAGUUCAUGUCAGAGGCGAAGGAGUAGAGUCCCCCUACGGUAUACAGCCUUUAGUAUGGCAUGAUGUGAUAUCAGAUGGCAGUUUGCUUAAGAAUAUAACCAUCUACAACCCUUCUGAUGACAUUCUUCGUGUUGAGGAAAUAACUGCAUCGAUUUCAGUUUCAUCUUCUGACAAUGGAGAAGAUUCUGUACAUGCAGUUUGCAGAAGAGAUUUACGUCAUGAGUUGGACGACCAACUUCAUCCAGUCCCAAAUUCUAAGGAGCGCUUGAACUUCAAGACUGGUCAACUGGGAUUGCCAUCACUUGGUUUAAGGCCAUAUAAACAGUGGGAAGUUGAUCCUCACAGCAGUGAAACUAUCAUGGAGAUUGAUAUUUUUUCCCAUAUGGAAGGAAAAAUUUCCGGGUUCUUUUGCAUUAGACUCUGGAAUGCUUUCGAAAAUAGCAUCGAUACUGUAAUGGUUCCUCUUGAAGCAGAAAUUUUUGGCAUAGAAGCAUAUGGUGCAUCUGAGGUUUUCUUUUCCAUAUUUCUAGAAUCUCUUACCUCCUGUGAUGGUAAGGAAUUUUUUGUUAUUGCCCUUUCUCUGAGGGACGGGGCUUCAAAUUUACUUAGGUUGUGUGAAAUUAUUGAAGUAACAGAAGGCACGAAGGUGUUCCAUGUCCAAUACGUGCACGGAUUAAUACUUCUUCCAGGGACCACCACGCGUAUGGCCGUUGUGACCCUCAACCCUGUUCCUUCUCAAGAUCCUGAACCCAGACCUCCAACUCUUUCACCAGAUUGUAAGCUCGUUAUAGUGACAAAUGAUUCUGUUAACCCAAGAAUCGAGAUUCCUUGCCCAGAUUUUUUCCAGAUUCAUCAGGAACAUCACCGUGGUCCAGUUUUUUAUAACUCAUAUCAAGUGAUGGAUGUCCAAAGUAAAAAAGCGGAAUCUGGCACUCUAAGACUUGGCCUUUCGAGAAGCGUAAGCAAAUCAUAUGCGUCAAAGGCAGAGGUUGCAGAAGCAGACGAGUUGAUACUAAGAAACUGGAGGUCGCAAAGCACCUCAAGGAACAUUUCUGUGCUGGACAGUCUUGAGUUGCCAUUCCCCAUAGUCCCAGUUGGCAAAAAGUGCUCCAAAUGGAUCAAUGUAAGAAACCCAAGCAAAAAACCUGUUGUGAUGCAGCUCAUUCUUAACUCAGCAGUGAUUGUUGAUCAAUGCAAAGGGGGCAGUGAUGAGCCCAUUAACAUCUGGGCUCAGACAAGUAUCAAUACAUUCUCAAUGGAGGAAAAUGCAAUCACUGAAGCAUAUGUCCAUCCUAAUAGCACAGCUUCAUUUGGGCCAAUAUUCUUUCAUCCAACAGAUCGUUGUCUUUGGAGAAGCUCAGCUUUAAUCAGGAACAAUCUGUCUGGUGUAGAAUGGUUAUCUUUGUGGGGCUUUGGAGGGCUAGUUUCUUUGAUUUUGCUUGAGGAAUCAGAGCCUGUUGAGAGCCUAGACUUCAAGAUGAACAUGCCACAAACCCUUAAUGUCACUCCUCAAGAGUUGUUGGUCCACAUGGAGGGCACAAGGGCUGCAUGCAUUCACCCAAUUUCGAAAGAGCUCUAUGCAAAGAAUGCUGGUGAUUUGCCCCUUGAAGUCGAGAGAAUUGAAGUCUCAGGCACCACAUGUGGUUCAGAUGGGUUCACCGUACAUGGUUGCAGUGGGUUUUCUCUUAAUCCAGGGGAAUCAACUAGGCUCCUUAUUUCUUAUCAGACAGAUUUCUCAGCUCCAGUGGUUCACAGGAACUUGGAACUGUCACUGUCUUCGAUGGGUAUUCUUGUAUUCCCCAUGGAAGCAAGCCUUCCUGCUUACAUGCUGAGCCUGUGCAAGAAAUCCUUCUUUUGGAUGAUGGUGAGGAAGGCAUCAGUAGUGGUCUUGGCUGCUGCUUCAAUAACCUUCCUCGUGUUUUCCCGCUUCUUCCUCCCUCAAAUGACUGCCUCCAACACGCAUACCCAUUUGCCCAAAAGCAAUAAGAGCUCGAUCGCUACUUCAACCAGAAGUCUUAAAAUACGCUCACAACAUCAGAACCACAUUAGUCCCAGGUCUGUGUCAAAACAUGGGUAUUUGGAUGCAUUAGGCCAUUCUUUGCGUCACCCAAGCGACGUUGCGGAAACAGUAACAGCUGCUUCUCAGCAUACAAAUUGGGGGCCUAGUAACCAGAACAGAGUCUCAGCUUGCUUGGAUGAGAGAGAGGGUUCCCCAUUGUCAUUGAAAGGUAGGGAUACAAUGGAGGAGUCAGCCUCAGCCCCAUGCCAAACCCAUCAACAAAACAGCACCAGCAACCUCACUGUCAGAGUUGAGAAACUGAAAGGAAAGAGAAGGACGAGAAGGGGCAUUGGAGCCAAGCGUGAUAUCUCUAGCAGCCAGAGUGGGAAUUCUACCCCAUCUUCCCCCGUCUCUCCUCUCACACCCUUAGUAACUUCUCGACCGAACAGCCCACUUGUAAAGGGGUUCCCCACACGCACUUCUACUUCCAUAUCAUCUGAGGCUUCUCCAGCAGUGGUAGACAUUUGUUCUAAGCCAGAAACUCAUAAUUUUGUGAAUAGAAGUUACGAUGACAGUUAUCCGAGCACAUCAUCAUCAUCAUUGGAGCAGUUGAAAGAGAAGAGCUUUGUGCACAGGCCAAGAAGUGGUGGAUCCAGGCCUGUCUUGAUGCCUUCUGCUACAUUUCCUUCAAUGGGUUGGCGUGAGUCAAGCUUGCCAGUACGGGCUUCAUCAUCAAUCUCUGCAAUUGCACCGCCACCGUAUCCUCGUGCACCAGGGUCCAGGAUUGGGGCACCAAAUAUAGUGGAGGAGGGCCACCCUGAUAACUUCACCUAUGACAUUUGGGGUAACCAUUUCUCGGAGCUCCGGCUAAUGGAUCAAGGAAGGGCAUGUUUUCCUGGCGUGCUGGGUGAUUCUCAGAGUUUCUUUGCGAGGACACCACAUGCUCAGGUCGAAAAGGGUCCUCUGGCACGUGCUGGUUCUCCAGCUCCUCCCAAAUAGGUCAUGUAUGCUGUAACUUUUUUCAUUAGCAAUUAAUGAUCAUUUUCUUUUUCCUCAUAUGAGGUUUUUGGAGCUCUAGCUAUGGUUCUCUCAUUCUCUCUCUUCUGCUUGUGUGGUUAAGUCAAGCUCAAAUAGGUCCAACUUACUUCCGGGUCAUGGGACUCUCUCUCUCUCUCUCACUCAUUCAUUAGAUUCGGUAUCACUGCUCUUACUCUCUUUCUUUUACAUAUGAGAGAAUGAGGAAAACACAUUUUAGUCGUACACAUGGAUUUGCUAGUCCACAACCUUGCUUUUGAAAUUAGUUAAACAUAUUUUUAACUCCACUUACCUGAAGUUCUUGCCCAUUGCUGCCACUCACUUUUGUACAAGGUGGCUUCAUUUGUAAAUGCCAUUGCAAUGAGAUCCAUUGGCUGGGUUGGUUUUGCUUUUAAUGAUAACACAUUCCCCUGAUGUGCACUUUUGACUCUCUUCGUUACUGGGUGGCCCUCAUGACCCUUUUGAUGGCUGCUGUGGGUUACAGGAAGUGAAUCCAGUAAGGGCAACCGGCAGGGGUGGUUGAAGCCAUGAGAACAAGAAACCAGAUGGAAUCCCCCUUGGGAACGAUGCCCACCCUUCGCCACAAACCCAGUGGACACAGCAUAGUCUGUCGAUUGCUGUUUUUACCUCAUGGGAUAAAGGUUUAUGCAGUAAGAGGAAAGGUUGGAUAUGAGUCUGACCCUAUGUUCUUCGAGGCACCAAUGCAAAAUGGUUAGAGGGAUCAAGGAUGGCUAGAUUUUCAUCAAGGUUGGCAGGGAGAUGGUUAAUGAGGGGCAAGGCUGUUAAAGGCUACAGUAGUGGAUUUUUUUGCCCUCUCGAGGACAUUACAUACCUACAUUAAGCCAAUGGAGGAUGGAAUCCCAGUCAUUUGCCAGAAGCUCGCUCUUAAUGGGCUAUUGUGUUUAUUUUUUCCUAAAAACGUUCUGGGGCUAGAGGCUGAGGUUGGUAAGCAUAGUUUACUGAAGUUUCAAGGGCUCCCUACGCAUUGUACCUAUGUUGCGACCCAGGAUGCUCCAAAGCCUACCCAGCCCUAACAGUUUAUGGGUCACAGCUAUUUUUACAUGCCUGGAAUUAUGGUGUUUCCUGUGGAGUUGUGAACUAAGAUAUGCUCAAGAAAGUAGAUUGGAAGAUGAUGACUGGUUUGUUUCUGGGCUUCCGAGAAUCAAAAUAGAGAGUAGCGGGCCCUCACCCAUCCUUCCCCAAAUCUGGCUGGUGCUAGAAGAAGCUAAUUUCAAGGGACAAGCUAGAGCAGUGGAAUUCAGAAAACUAUGGUCAAGCGGGGCAGGGGUGGUGGGGCAAUAGAGCCACGACCAACAUUAAAGACAGCUACUGGUAAAAUGGGAAGGAGAGGUUGAGAUCACUAUGAGUGGAAAAAUCCAAGGGGAAUGUAUUACUGUAAAAAAGAAAGGAUAGGAAGGUGGGGCAUGAAGGAGGGAUAAGAGAGUUAGCAAACCAAUAUCAAGGAGACCGAUCCAACUGGGUGCUCUUGUGACAGUAGGUACAAGAAUGAAGCUACAAGAGUUCCGGUACUGAAAAGUUCUGGCUCUCUAGACACAAAUCUUGGCAAAAUUAGUUUUGAGAGGGUACCUGAGGAUUUAAAUUCGAGUUACAUCAAGGAGCAGGAGACAGCUGUGUUAAUUGCAUGGCUGUGAACGUGCCCCUAAGAGCUCAACAGGUGGCCCUCCUCAAAACCUAAAGGGCACCGGAGGCAUUAAGACAGCAGAUGGCUAGAAUUUUAUCCAACAUCAUCUGAGGAUUCAACAGAUGAUGUUGCAUCAUUGCAAGCGGUGCCCAUAAGGCAACCUUCUGGAAUGACAUAAUGGCUCAAAGGUUCUUUGAUUGCCGCUAUAAAACCCCCUCCUCCCUUCGCAUAUUAGCUGAGUUGAGAUCAACUAUUGUGUUUGGUGGAUUUUGCAGUCAACUACUAUUACCUCGACACUUGGCCUAUGGCCUCGUAUCGUGUGUCGACACGUGGCAAUGAGUGACUUAUUAUAAUCAUCAUCACUAGAGCUUUUUCUCAACUAUUGAGGUCGGCUAUAUGAAUCCUGGUCUGCCAUUCUACACUAUCAAUGGCCAUAUCCUUAGCGAGAGGGUAUGGGUGCAGGAUGAGAGAGAGUGGGCAGAGAGAAGAGUCCCCACAUGGAUCGCUGGGUUUACUGUAGUUGCAAUCAUUUCCUUUACCGCAAUUCGGUAGUUCCAUUCAUGCUCAAGAGAAGACCACAUUGCUCCGGUGCAGCUGCCUUCACCUUGACUAUCAACGCCUGAAGGACGAAGCCACCCAGCAAAUUAUGAUCUCUCUGCUUCUCCACCUUGGCCUCAUUCCUGAAUAGCCUACCGUGAUCACCAAGGAUGAAGGAAGACAUUGCAUUUCGAUACAUGGAGGAAGAUAGAUGGGAGGAUGGGGCCUGUUUGACAAUCGAAAACUUGAGAUUUCGGAGAAGGAAAGACAAUGGCGGGGUAGCUCCAGGCCGGAGCCCACCCUUGUUUUGAAGGCCAUAUGGAUGUUAUGCGAUGCCAGCUGGGCAUGGAUGAGCCUUUAUGGGAUAUUCGGAUGUUAGAAUACGUAGAACCAAGUUUGGCGUGCCAAGGUAGUGAAGCAUAAAAUGUGGUUUGGCCCAUUUAUUUUUGGGUUCAUAACCAGUUUUUGGAAAUGGCACACAAUGGAAAUUUUUUAUUCCCAAAAUCCGUAGAUUUACUUGUUUCACCUUUUUAUUCUUCAUCUUAAACUAUUCAAAUUUUGAUCCCUAAUACCCCGUAGAUUGUUUGAACCAUAUAAGAACAAUUAUCAAUUUUAGCUUGAAUAGUGUGUAGGGGAUGCCUUCUUUGAUCUAUUUGACACGGGCAAUCUCUUUUCCGU